UGGACCCCCCGCGGCCCGCGCCGCUCGCGCACGUUUUCAAAGGGACCUUCGUCCACUCCACCGGCACCUCCCCGAUGGUCAUCCUGCAAGGCCACCUGUUGGGUGUAGCGGCGAGCGGGAAGAUCAUAUUUUUUGAACCAGCUGAUGGACAAGACAAACUAGCGAAGAAGUGGGGAUUUAAAGCAUCUGAUAUACAAGAACUCAGUAAUAAUGAAUUCUUCAUGCCAGGUUUGGUUGAUGCACAUAUCCAUGCCCCACAGUAUUCCUUUUCAGGGAUGCGAGGAAAUCUGACUCUUUUGAAAUGGUUGGAAAAAACCACUUAUCCAGUAGAGGCUGAAUUCAAAAAACUUGAUUUUGCUGAAGAAGUGUACACUAGAGCUGUGAGGCGAACGCUCAAGAAUGGUACAACUACAGCUUGCUAUUUUGCCACAAUUCACACAGAUGCUGCUUUGCUUCUGGCUGACAUUAUAGAUAAAUUUGGUCAGAGGGCAUUUGUGGGUAAAGUUUGCAUGGAUAUCAAUGAAAGCUUCCCAGAAUACAAGGAGGCCACCAAAGAAUCAAUUAAGGAAACUGAAAGAUUUGUUCAAGGAAUACUGGGGAAAAAAUAUCCAAGAAUACUUCCCAUAGUAACACCCCGUUUUGGACUAUCUUGUACAGAGGAAUUACUUAGUAGCCUUGGUAACCUGGCAGAGACUCAUGAUAUUCAUAUACAGAGCCACAUCAGUGAAUCUAAAGGAGAGCUCAGACUUAUAGAAAGCACGUUUCCACAUUAUCAACAUUAUACAGAGCUAUAUGAUAAAAAUAAGCUGCUUACAAACAAGACUAUAAUGGCUCAUGGCUGCUAUCUUUCUGAUGAAGAGCUGGACAUAUUUAAACUUAGAGGAGCUGCCAUUAUACAUUGUCCUAAUUCAAACAUAUCAUUAAAGAGUGGCCUUUUAAACACAAGGAAGAUUCUGAACCACAAUGUAAAACUUGGAUUAGGCACAGAUGUUGCCGGUGGCUAUUCUGCUUCCAUGCUUGACGCUAUCAGAAGUACGAUUGUGGUAUCUGAAGUCCUUCACCUUAAUAAAGAGAGUGAAACAGAUGAAAAAGGCUUAACUCUGAAGGAGGCAUUCCAACUAGCAACUCUUGCAGGAAGUCAAGCUUUGGGAUUAGAUCAUAUAAUUGGAAAUUUUGAAGUUGGCAAGGAAUUUGAUGCACUGCUUAUCAACACCAAAGCUUCAGAUAGUCCUUUUGAUCUAUUUGCUUCUGACCAUGUUGAGGAUAUAAUUGAAAAAUUCCUGUAUAUUGGUGAUGACAGAAAUAUUGAGGAAGUGUAUGUGGCUGGCAAACUGGUGGUUCCAUUUUCAAGCUCUGUGUAAAUUGGAUUCCGAUUCUGAAAAAUGCUCAACUAGUUAUCGUUUAGUUUGGAAGAACUGGGUAGAAAUGCAGUGCCUUGUUAUGCUGAUUUUAUUAUGUUUCUGAUAUGCACCAGAAAGGUUGUCAACUUGGCAGUGACAGAACAAAAAUAUAUGCCAAAAAUCUAUCUCAUUUGAGCAGGACAGGAAGCAGCCUCAAUUGCAUGAACUUGCAUUUGGAACAAAUAUUUCCACCUACCUACACCUGAAUAAGAAUAUCCAGCGAUGGUUGCAGAAAGUAUUUCAUCUCUCAAAAUAUAAAAACGCAAAUCCUAAAAAUGUAUCUGAGGAGAAUUUAGGGAUCUUCAUUGACUUAGAAGCAAAACAUACUUGUUUUGGGUGUUGUCCAUUUUCUACAAUUUUCCUCCUUGAAUAGACAUCACAUGAUCAUGACAGGGUUUUCCAAUCAGGAAUGGAAAAAUCUGUUUUCCUUUCUCUCUCCUGGGGAGUGACAUGUCUCCUGAAACUUUCACCUUUAUUUUCAUACAUUUAUCCAGAUUGCUUGACAGCAAACAUGGCAUGAUGAAUGAGGAUAUAAAAAGAAGAGAGUCAGAUCCCAUGUUCACAGUUUAUGUCAUCUGGGAUGGCUUUGUUCACACAUAAUGCAAAGCUGUAAUGUGGUUAAUUUAAAUUUGGAUUAACAUGAAGAAUCCCUUCAUUAUGGAUGCAUUUUAAGUGAGAAAAAGGGCCCUUCUUAAUAUGAGGAUAAGGCUGUAGCCUUGAUAUUUUACUGAUGUGGGUCAAUUGGGUGCAAUCUAAUUGGAAGUGUUUGUUCAGAUUCUAAAUUCAAUCUUACCCUACAGUUCAAAGCAAUUUGGACAAUCAAAUCAAUAUGGAAAAGGGGGCUUUUGCUUUAGAAUCUGAUCUCUGAUUUUAAUAUUUGUAUAACUGCACUAUUUUACUCUGAUAAAAGUAUAUAAAGUACUUAGGAUAAAUACUCAGUAAAUAAUGUUAAAACUAUUGGGUUUUUUUUUACCUUGCAACCCAGAGAUGGCAAGUAUAAAUAUGAUAAGUUUGCACAAAACACCUUUGGAGGAAUGUGUGCCUUUUAGGAUUAUUGUUUUUUUUUUUUAAUUUGGGGGAGGAUAAUUUUAGGAGGAUUACUAUUAUGCACUGGUUGCCUCUGAGAGAUUCUCAGUGGGAAAUAAACUUUUGUUGAUAAUUGUAUAAAUAAAAUAAGAACACUUUUUAAAGGGAUUUGUCUCUAAACGUUUUGGAAAGCCUGUUGAAAACUGUCAAUCCUCUCUCAGCACACGGGAUGCCUUCUUCAUCUGCCUCUUUGUUCCUUGUCAGCAUGAAGUUUAGUUGAAAAGGUUGGGGCAGCUGGAAGGAGAGCCUUGGAAAUUUACUUGGAAGGAAAAAAGAAGCCUAAGUAUCUGUUUUGUGAAAAAGAAGUAUUUUAAAUGACAAAUUGAAAUUAUUUGAAUUUCCAUCUUACCCUACUGUUUAUUAACCUUCUGUUUGAAGAUAUUAAUGAGAAUGAAUAUAAUUUGUGCUUUGUGGAGUUACUUGAAUGAUUUUGGUGUGGCACUUGGAGUGCAGCAGUAUAAAAUGUUGACUUAGCUUUAAUAUGCAUGCUUUACAAUAGUUGCAAAACAGUAGGCUAGAGGAACUCAGGAAAGGAAUUGCACUUUAUUCUAUUAUCUGUUUUACUUUUUCAAAUAUAGUAAGUCUGUGCAUUUUUUGCACAGAAGGGGGGGGGGAAACGGUCCCACCUCUGCAUUUAUGCCAAAAUAAACUUAUCCCCGCUGAUAAAAAAAUAAUUCAAAUAUGCAUUGGAAGUCAAGGAAGGAGAAAUAUAAUAUUUCAUAGAACUAUAUUUAUUGCACUAAGAAACUAGGCUUGAUUUAGUUUUAAUAGACAAAGUUUCUGAGUAUCAGCAUAUUAGUGAACUCAGCUAGCCAUGAAAUAUGAUGAUUAAACCAUGGCUUAACAUGAUCUGUCAAACCUAUUAAUAGGCCUCAUUCAUAAGAUAUGCUAAAAAUUGCCAUUAUAUUAUUUUAAUAUAUACUAUAUUAAUCAUAGUAUACUAUUUGAUUAUAUUAAACUAAAAAUGUAUUUGUACAUAUGUACAAAUUUCAUUUGUCAUAUAAAACUGAAAUGAAGGAAUAAAGAAAAGAGGGAAAAGCUUGGGAAAUCAAAUCAUAAACAAACCAUUUAAAAAGACAGAAAAAAAACUUUCUAGUCCUUUUUAGAAAUGUAUAAAUUCAUUUUCUUCCUACAAACAGAAUAAAAGAAUAGAUUAGCAUCACCUACAAGCCGAGUUGCCCAGUUGGAUGGACUUUGCUCUUGGUGUGUAAACAAUUACGAUGUGUUUGGCGUAGGAGGGAAGGAGUAAACACUCUCAUUUAUACUCUCGAGAAAAGCCAGUUACCCAGAUAGUAUGUUCUGCUAUUGAUAUUGCCUAAUCAUAUAUUGAUUUCCAUCAUAACUGUAAAAUCAUUUAAGCACAUUUUUCAUCUCUUGUUUUGUCUGGUCCUCAAAUCAAUAAAACUAAAAGUAUGAUCCUUUAAAUGGUAUCUGUUAUAAAUGUAUAGCAUUACCAAUUAGCAUUAUUAAUAGAUUUGGAAAGCCACUUGGAUAUAUUUGUUGCUAAUUACAGCCAGAACGUGUGGGAGAGAAGUUGGCCUCAGCAGCAUCCGUAGGCAGGGUCAAAAGGGGCAGGGUGAUGGUUGUGGAGCCCGAAUUGAAACCCCAUCCCUUUCCCUACAUCUCCUGCAGAUGGCUUUCUCUCUUUCACCUGCAUUUCAAUCUUGGUAUGAAGAGUGCUUUAAUUUUAUUGUACAGCUUUUGUUUGAUGAAAAAAAAAGUGAAUUAAUCUUGCCAGAUUUUUAUUUUUCUGACUGUAUUCGUUCAAGGUGGGAAAUGCAACCUCUCCCCCCCAAAAAAUAAUUGUUGCUGUGUAUUCUGCUUGAUUGUCAGUAGUUAUAAAUGAGCCCCUUUGCACUUAUUUAACAGAAUAAAGAAGAUAUACUUA